CCUCCUCCUCCUCCUCUCUCCAACUUGGACUUGUCCCUUUUCGCUUCUUCGCGGCCUCGUCCUCUUCCCCCUCCCCCCCCACACCAUCACCCCCACCCCCCACCCCCCCCUCCAUUGGAAUUCCGGGGGAUGCAGCUUCGGAGGUAGCAGCACAAGGAGAGGGAGAGGGAGCAGCGCUGGGGCCCGUGUGAAGAGUGAAUGUCCCCCCGCCGCACCGGUGGCGACGGCAACUAUGGUGACAUUAUUCAGGAGACGGUAUAUUGUCACAUGGUCAUAUGGAGAAAAAGGACUUUAAUGCAUGGCUUGAUACCCUCUCCAGCUCCUUUAUCACUCUGACAGAGAACCAGAAAAAUGAGACACUAGACCACCUGAUCAGCUUGAGUGGGGCUGUCCAAUUGAGACACCUCUCCAACAAUCUGGAGACACUUCUGAAACGAGACUUCCUCAAAUUGCUUCCAUUGGAGCUUAGUUUUCACCUGUUGAAGUGGCUUGACCCACCAACCCUACUGAUUUGUUGCCUAGUCUGCAAGCAGUGGAACAAGGUGAUAAGUGCCUGUACUGAAGUGUGGCAGGAAGCCUGUCGAAGCUUAGGCUGGCAGAUCGAUGAUACAAUUCAGGAUACUCUGCACUGGAAGAAGAUUUAUCUGAAGGCAGUCAAAAGAAUAAAGCAGUUACAGGACAAAGAAGCCUUUGAGACCUCCUCUUUAAUUGGCCACAGUGCUAGAGUAUAUGCUCUUUAUUAUAAAGAUGGAUUGUUGUGCACAGGUUCUGAUGAUCUAUCUGCCAAACUCUGGGAUGUUUGCACUGGUCAGUGUAUAUAUGGGAUCCAGACUCACACGUGCGCUACAGUAAAAUUUGAUGAGCAGAAGCUAGUUACUGGAUCAUUUGAUAACACGGUAGCCUGUUGGGACUGGAGCUCAGGAGCUAAAACCCAGCACUUCCGAGGUCAUACAGGAGCAGUUUUCAGUGUUGAUUAUAGUGACGAGCUAGAUAUCCUGGUCAGUGGGUCUGCAGAUUUCACUGUGAAAGUCUGGUCAUUAUCGACGGGAAUCUGCCUGAAUACGCUUACUGAGCAUACUGAAUGGGUGACUAAGGUGGUUUUACAGGUCAGCCAGGUAGAAUCCGUGAUGCACAAUCCAGGGGAUUAUAUUUUACUAAGUGCUGAUAAAUAUGAAAUCAAGGUUUGGCCAAUUGGGAGAGAGGUCAACUGCAAGUGUUUGAAGACACUUGCUGUGUCAAAUGAUCGAAGCAUAUGCCUCCAACCAAGACUGCAAUUUGAUGGCAAACACAUUGUCUGCGCAUCGGAUCUAGGAUUGUACCAGUGGGACUUUGCCAGUUAUGAUAUUAUCAGAGUUAUUAGAACUCCGGAUUCCUCGAAUCUUUCUUUGCUGAGCCAGGGAGAGGUCUUUGCUCUGCUGUUUGACAGCCAUUACCUGUACAUAAUGGACUUGAGGACAGAGAAACUGGUCGGUCGCUGGCCUCUACCCGCGUACCGGAAAUCGAAGAGAGGUUCUAGCUUCCUGGCGGGAGAAACUGCGUGGCUCAACGGACUCAAUGGCAAGAAUGACACAGGCCUAGUUUUUGCCACCAGCAUGCCAGAUCAUAGUAUUCAUUUGGUCCUAUGGAAGGAGAAUGGAUGAAGUAAAGGAUGAAAACUGUAGGGCAGAGUGCUUGUACUGCAGUUGCAGAGGAUAUUUCAGAGAAUGCAAAACGCUGCAUGAACCAAAGUCCUGCGGAAGAGCUGGCAUUCUCGUGUGUACAGUACAGUUAAUUGCCUUUAUUUUUUUUUAAAUGUCAAAUGACACCAGCAUGUUGGAAAUUAUUUUUACAGCUUAAAUCCAUUUGCUUGCAAAUUGAUGUAACCAAUACAGGAACGGGGAAGAGAGAACACAGUCAUUUCAGUUUAAUUUUGAGGCACUGUUUAGGAAUUUAUUAUAAGCUGAUGGUUGAAAAUUAUGCUUGACAAGCACAUUUCAAUGUAACAAAUUUAUUGUUUGCAGUAUUCUGAACAUUCCCUGAAUGUUUUCAUUUUUUCUGCACCUGACAAUAAGGAACACCUUACUUUUUAUAUAUACAUACAUAUUCUAUAUAUAUAAAUAUUUCCAUUCAGGACUUUGCCUUAAUGCUUUUAGUAGUGGUUGCUCUCAAAGAACAUGUUUAUAGACCAUAGGUAGGUACUUCAAAUUUGUCCACAUUUUAUAUUUUGGUAUAGUCAGUAUUUACAAUGAUCUUUUUAUUGAAAUUUGCCCAUGUUGUCACAGUUGUUAAUUAUCUUCAAUAUAUUCUUUCUGGAAAAAAAAUGUUGGAAAUUUACUUGGUUGCUUUGAUCAUUUUAAGUCUAAACACGGAACUCUUAUCACAAAAUACUGUAAUGAAGAAGAUAUUCACCUUUGCACUUGGGUUUGCUCAACACUACUUAAGCUGUUUCAUUCUCUAUUAAGACUUGGGGUGGUAGGUUAAAGUGGGAAAGAGAGUGGGGUGACCACCACCUCACUGCCUCCCAUAAGACAUGGUCAUUUAUAAAGCUGUUUGUCAAUGUUGAGAUCGGAAACUGUUGUGCAGCUUUCAGUCAAGGGAUUUGCUGUCCAGACUGCUUAAAUAGGGACAGGAUUAGGCUGUUCUGCCAUUCAGUGAGAUUAUAGCUUAUCUGUAUCUAUCUGCUUUGGCUUUAUCUCUGCUCAGAUGGAGCUACUGUGCUCCUGCCCAAGAGCAAGCUGUGAGUAUGAUUUUUAAAUGCUAUGGACUGUGGGCAGAGCAAUCACUGAUGUAUGUAUUAUAUAGUUUUUAAAUGCAGGAACAAGCAUUUUUAAAAGUCUUUUACUGUGCUUAUCUCUGGUGUCAAAUCUGUAAUUACAGCUGUUCCAUGGUGAUGCUUAAAUGACCCCCCUGUGGUAAUAUUUGUUGGAGGAUUGCACAGGUCUAUGUAACUUGUUUUGAAUCUGUGGAUUUCUUCUUGAGGAAUACACAUAGCUUUGGCUGAGAAUUGGAAGAAAGGAAUAAGACUUCAUCUGUUGCAUUCAUUAUAUGUAAAAUAGUGAAGAUUUUUAUUUAAAAUGUCAGCAAUACGAAAAAUAUGACUGAAAUGUAGAAUAUAAAAUUGUAACAGGUGCUUUGUUCAAACUUUUUCUGAACGAUGGAUAUUUUCCCCUCCUUGUGCAUGUAAAACCAAAAUAACAGAGCAGGUCCAAUGACUAGCUCCCCUUUGGUUAUGCUAUGUACCACAACUCCUUGUAUCUUUAAAAACAUCUGCUACCAAAGCAUUACAAAUUU